AUGUCGACAACAGCUGGCGCCUUCAUAGCAGGCGGAAUCGCCGCCUGCGGAGCCGUAACGGCCACCCACCCCUUCGAAACAGUCAAGAUCCGCAUGCAGCUCCAGGGCGAGCUCCAGACCAAAGGCCACCAACCUCACCACUACCGCGGCCCCCUCCACGGCGUCUCUGUCAUUGUCCGAAACGAAGGCAUCCGGGGCAUCUACCGCGGCAUCGGGUGCGCCUACAUCUACCAGGUCCUCCUCAACGGCUGCCGGCUAGGCUUCUACGAGCCCAUGCGCGCCGGGCUGGCGAAGCUGAUGCUCAACGACGCGGCCAAGCAGAACCUGGGCAUCAACAUGUUUUGCGGCGCGGCGUCUGGCAUCAUGGGCGCCGCGGCGGGGAGCCCGUUCUUUCUGGUCAAGACGAGGCUGCAGAGCUUCUCGCCUUUUUUGCCGGUGGGGACGCAGCAUCGGUACAGGAAUGCGCUGGAUGGGUUGAGCCAGAUUUUCAGGGCGGAGGGGGUGAGGGGGUUGUAUAGGGGUGUUGGGGCGGCGAUGAUCAGGACGGGGUUUGGGAGCUCGGUGCAGCUGCCUACGUACUUUUUCGCAAAGAGGAGGUUGCAGAAGCACCUUGGGAUGGAGGAGGGGGCGCCGCUGCAUCUGGCGAGCAGUACGGCUAGUGGGUUUGUGGUUUGUGUUGUUAUGCAUCCUCCUGACACAAUCAUGUCCCGCCUCUACAACCAGAAUGGCAACCUCUACAAGGGCGUCUUUGACUGCCUGGCCAAGACGAUCAAGACGGAGGGCUUCUUCGCCAUCUACAAGGGCGUGUUCCCACAUCUGGCCAGGAUCCUGCCGCACACCAUCCUGACGCUCAGCUUGGCCGAGCAGACCAACAAGUUGAUGAAGAAGCUCGAGGAGAGGAUCCUCUCGCCACCAGAAACACAAUCGAUUUAG